AUGGUUAGAAGACACAGUUUUAAUCGUAGAGUACAACAAGAUCUUAAAGAGUCUAUUAAAGGUCAAGGAGAAGUGAACAAUGUCAAAUCCAAGGUACGUAUGACACAUCUUUGGCGUAUUUACGUAGCGGCAACCAGCGGCGUUUGCGUUGGAGGUCUUGACCUCGUAGGCAUUGCAGACGUUAAAAACGCUCGUGAUAUUGAUGAUGUACUCAGUUUUACUGACCAUACAUUAGCUAACAUUUCUAGGAAAUCCCCACCCUCUUAUUUAGAGGCUACCACUGGACUCGACAACAGGCUCUUAGUUGUCAUAGGUCUCACUUUUGUCACGGAAAUUUGGAUUGGAAAGACGUUGGUUGGAGUAGGGAUUAAGUCAGGAUUAAUCCUAACGAUGAUGGUCAUCUUAAGUGCUAUAGGAAAAAUUACUAACAUUUCCAAUAUAUUUUUUGUAGGUUUUUGGCGUGUUCGGACUUUCGGCGGGCCAGAUCUUAACGUUAAACGGAAGAAAUAUGAAGAAUUGUUUUAUAAGAAGUUUAUAACACAAAAACUGGGUUUCAGAAAUUUAGCUAAAAAUAGUUGGUUACGUUUGGAAUUUGAAAUUAUGGAAAAGCCAGAGUUUAGUAGAAAAAUUAAAAAAGAAAUUUUUGAUGGAAUUAUUGAAAAACACGAACAUUUUUUCAAUUUGUAA